AUGGCUCUGCUUCUGCGCCAAUCUGCCUUGCGAUCUGCUCUCCCGAGAGAGCUUCUCGCAGCUUGCACCAUCUCCCUAAGCUUCCGAAACUUCAGCGUCCUCAAUCGACCACCACCCAACUACGAAGGCCAUGUCCCGCUCACCAGACUAGAGAAAGCUGGUCUGGCUGUAGGAUCUGCGGUUGGAUCUCUGAUCAAUCCCUACCGAGGUGAUCUAAUUGCAGCUCUCGGUGAAGCAACGGCUACCCCAUACUUCAUUUACCGUCUUCGAGAUGCUAUGCUCUCCUCUCCUACAGGGCGGCGUAUCCUCCGUGACCGUCCGCGGAUCUCUUCCAAAACCCUCUCGAUGGAUUAUCUACGCGGUCUACCUCUAAAUACCGUUGGCCGGGCAUAUGCAGAUUGGUUGGACCGCGAAGGCGUCUCGCCGGAUACUCGAGACACAGUCAAGUAUAUCGACGACGAGGAGUGUGCUUAUGUGAUGCAGAGGUAUCGUGAAUGUCAUGACUUUUAUCACGCGUUGACUGGCCUCCCAAUCAUUCGCGAAGGCGAGAUUGCGUUAAAGGCAUUUGAGUUCUCAAAUACCCUGCUACCGAUGACCGGAUUAAGCAUGUUUGCAGUGACGACAUUAAAGCCUGUGGAGAGGAAGAGAUUCUUUAAUACUUACCUUCCUUGGGCGCUUAGUAAUGGGUUGAGUGCUAAGGAAAUCAUUAAUGUAUAUUGGGAGGAGGUGCUCGAAACGGACGUAAAAACUGUUAGGGAAGAGCUAGGAAUUGAGAAGCCGGUUGAUCUGCGAGAGAUUAGGAAGAAGGAGAGGGCAAGGAGGAAGGCGGAAAGGGAAGCGAAGCAGAGGUCUGGCGAUAGUCUGGGUAUCAAUUAA